UUUGAUUCUCACCCAACCAUCGCACGACAGCGCACUGGCGUCUCCCAUCGAUACCUAUUACUACUCGUCACUCGAAUGACGUAGGGUCGUGUGUAUAUAUAUAUACACCAAUGUAUAGUCGACACUGUCAGUUCUGCAGCCCUGGAUGGCAUUUACAUGCGAGCCUCGAACGCUUCAUACGGAAGGGGUCGCCCUCCAAGAGGACAAAGACUCAGUGACAUUGGAAGGUGGUCGGGCUGCUUGGGCCACUGCUUUUGGAUCGUUCCUUGUACAGUUUUGCGGGUUGGGUUAUGCCUCUUCAUUUGGUGUCUAUGAAGACUUCUAUAUCCAGCAUUACCUCACAAAUGAGACACCAUCUGCUAUAUCAUGGAUGGGGAGCUCGAGUGCGUUUUUAAUCUGCGCUGUGGGCCUUGUAUCGGGUUCACUAUAUGAUCGAGGAUAUUUCUACCAUCUCAUGAUUACCGGAUCGCUUCUGCAGAGUUUCUCUCUAUUCAUGUUGUCUUUGUCAAAACCCGACCAGUACUACCAGAUAUUCCUCUCUCAAGGCUUAGGCCUGGGUGUUGCGAUGGGGCUUAUGUUUAUCCCAAGCAUAGCUAUCAUCUCGCAUCAUUUCCAAGAGAGACGCACACUAGUUAUGGCGUUCACCAUUUCGGGCUCGUCGCUGGGUGCUAUCGUCCAUCCGAUUAUGCUCAAUAACUUCCUGGAUGGUCCUCUUGGCUUCGCCAAUGGCGUCCGUGCAAGCGCGGGGUUCGUCAGCGCACUCCUUUUAAUUGCAUGUCUGUGCAUGCGAACUCGCCUUGAUCCACCGACGACACCGGUGAACUACAUUGCGGCAGCUAGAAAGUGUCUUCGUGAUGUACCGUUUACUCUUAUGGUGGCAGGGGGCUUCCUUUUCCAGACCGGCCUCUUCUACCCGGCAUACUUCAUUCAACUCGACUCCAUCAAGCAUGGUAUCAAUGUUGCCUUUUCAUCUUACUCUCUAGCGAUUUUAAAUGCAUCCAGUUUGAUAGGACGAGCCACAUCAGGGUUUAUUGCGCCGUUCACAGGGGUCCCGAACUUAGCCAUCAUCGCGACAAUGUCGUGCAGUGUGCUCAUUUUUGGCAUGAUUGGGUUGAAUAGCUUGGCCAGCGUCGUUGUGCUUGCCGUGCUUCAUGGCUAUUUUGAAGGGCUGUUUGUUGCGAUAACACCUCCACUGAUGGCUACUUUAACGCCAGACCUCUCUGAGCUUGGCGCGCGGAUGGGCAUCGCUGUCUUUAUUGGCGGAUUUGGAAGUUUGAUUGGACCUCCCAUAUCUGGCGCUCUACUAACAUCUAAUUAUAUCUGGUGGAUACCGGCUUUGUUCUCUGGGAUGGUUUCCCUCACUGGUAGCAUUGUCUUUUUCAUCAUGCGAGAUGCAUUUGUCAAAGAGCAGAUCGAGGACAGGCCUAUUGAUUAUGGGUUGUAAGCUAACUCUCGAGGGAAGUGUUAUAAUGUAUGCACUGUAUUUGGCUUUAUUGUAGUCCUCCGAAUCAUUCUAGAU